AUGGAUGCAGAGGAGGUUUUCCGCAUCAGGCGUGGGAAUUUCUGGGUGAAGCACAGUUUUGUCACCGGAGGCAACUACACUUCAAAGAAUUGCCGCACAUACGGCAGCAAGCGCGUGAUCAGAGGACCUGAUGAUGCUGAUAACCACGUGCGUCAUUCACGAUCAGUGGUCGCUGAGCGCAACCAGGUGCUGCUUAGCGCACGUCCUAGAGGAGUGAUAAGAGAUCAGCAUUCAGGAGCCACCGCGUACAUUGUGUCGAAGAAGGUGACAGAUAUCCAGAAAGAAAUCAUGACCAAUGGUCCGGUUGAGGUCUCCUACAAUGUCUACGAGGACUUCGGAUCAUGCACCGGAGGAAUUUACGUGGUUUGUCUGAAUUUCGAUGGGAUUUCAUUCCCCAUUAACCAAAAAAAUCCUUUGCAGCACACAGCUGGCGCACUUCGUGGAGGACAUGCUGUAAAAAUGAUCGGCUGGGGAACGGAGAACGGUUUCUUCCGAAUCAUUCGCGGCCUCGACGAAUGCGGCAUUGAAUCAGGCGUCGUUGCCGGAGAGCCCAAGCUUUAA